AUGAGAAAUAUUUACCUGGAAUUAGAUCGUAAUUAUUAUUUAGACUAUUGUCUGAGUCAUCAACUUCAUAAAACUCAACAGAAAACUUCCUUUCCAGUAUCAAAAUUACCGACAAUCUUUCAUGUGGGGAUAGGAAAUCAAUGUUUUAGUGGCAAGAGUAGGGAAAAAAUCCACAGGAUAUCUUAA